GUUGACUAGCGCCCUCUUGCGGGAAGGGCACUAAGUGUAAUGGCGGAAAGUUCGAACGAGCAUCAUGAUUGUCGUUUUAUAAAGUGCCAGUGAAGACGACCGUGUUACGCUGGUUAUUUGCGUUCCUGUCUCCGACAACGAUUACCAAAAUGGAUGCCAGUAAUUUGGAUGAACUGAAAGAGACAUUUGAAGGCAAGAUUGCUGGACUUACAAGAUGUAUUGACUUAUCUUCAGCAGUUUUGACCCCCGAUGGACUUGAUGAAAACUGCAGAAAACAGCUAGGAGUGAUUCACAUGGAGCUGUGCAUGGUCGAGUCAUUAGUUGGACAAAUGAGAGAACUUGUACAUUCGGAAAAACAAAAAUUGCAGCGGGCAGAGGCUCUUAAAAGCCAGAUGGAGGAACAGGCCAAACACAUCCGAUACAUGGAAUCUCAUUUGCCAGAUAGGUUGCCUGGACGAGAACUCAAAACCUCAACUAGCAGCAAAGUCAAGGGUCGUACCCCCCUGGGAACCGUACAAGACAAGAGUAACCAUAGCAACCAAGGAACUCGUCAGCAGAAGUCAAGCAGUAAAGACAAGGAAACGACGGAAGACUCUAAGAAGAGGAAGCCGUCGACACCAACAAUGGAGUUUGUGACGGUGGAGGAAUUCGAAGGGGUUCCCAAAUACAUGAAGGGAAGGCUAAACUAUGACGCCAUCAAUGCAGCAGUUGAGAUCAUAAAUACGGCAGUGAGUGCUCGAUAUUCUCUGCUUCACAAACCGAGACACGCAUUGGGUGAAAAUGCCAUGAAGAAAGUACGGCGAUUGAAGGAACAGGAGAACAAAGAUACCAAAGGUGUUUUUUUCUUCACUGAUGAAGACUUCAAGGCCAAUAGUAACGGCCGCUGCUCGACGACCUCCCGAUCCAUCUUCACAAUCCUACGACACUGUGGACGACUGCGAGAGAUACGCAGCGCUGGACUGACGCGGUAUGCUCUACUCGUCUGAGACUCCACCCACCAAAUUGGAUUUGUAAAUAUGACUUGGCCCAAAUUGCAUGGCUACGACUUCCAAUUACACAUGGGCCUAUGGAAGCGCUGUAGCCACUUCC